GAGAGUUGCAGCGCUCAUGGUACAAAGUGUAAUGAACUGGCGUCAUUCUAUGUUAAAUAUAGGAACAACUGAGUAAAUUAACUUUAAAUUUCCUGGCUUAUGUUAGUUUGUUAGCAAUGUCACACCAGCUCAAUAGAAUUUAUUAUUCAGUGAAAUAUUUACAUAUUUGUGUGAGGGGCAUACGUAAUCUUGUUGAUUGAAGAAGGGCUGGGAAACAGGAAAUCUGGGUUGUAAACCUGAUUCUGACACUAGUUCGCUCUUUAACCUGGGGCACAUCACUUAAACCUCUUUGUCUCUCACAUUAUCUGGGCUGGAACACCAGCUGGUGUAAAUCCAUGCUGAUUUUCACCAACUGUAGGUUUGGCUCCCUUGUCUAUAAAAUGCUACCCACCUUUGUAAAUAACUCUGAGGUAUAGAAAUCAAGUACAAUAUAACUGCAAAGUAUUAUGUUUUUACUACCAAUAGAAAAAGCAGUAUAAACUCUAACAAAAAGUAAGGUUUUAAUACAUCAGCUUUCUGCUAAAAUAUAAUUUUUUAUGGUCAUAAAAAUGCAUAAUAGAUCAGCAUGAGACGCACCUGUGAACCCUUCAAUAAAUCUCAUGCUUGGAUUCCCUUAGGAAAAAAAUGCAGUGCUGUAUGUGAAAAAUACUAUCUCUGUUUCCUUCCUCUCUGUUCUUUCAGCCCUCUAUCAUACUUGUACACUGUCAAAGGCAGUAGAAAUGACUAAAAACAUUCAAAACCAAUAUACACUUAGGGCCUGAUCCAAACCCAUUGCAAUCCAAAGUCUUUCCAUCAACUUCAUUGGGCUUUGGAUCAAGCCCUUCAUGAACAUUGUUCUCUGAUGGUGGGAGGGAAAGUAUUGUCACAACUUUCCCUUGUAAAUUGUUAACAAUCCUUUAUUAAAUUGCAUGCAGGGUCAAAAAGGGGACAAGGGUGACACAGGAUCCAAGGGUGAACCAGGACAGGAUGGUGCCAGUAUUGUUGGACCACCAGGGCCACCAGGACCACCAGGGCCAAUCAUAGCAGUACCACAGCUACUACUCAAUGAUACGGAUGGAAUUUCUAAUUUUACUGGAAUUAAAGGACUGCUUGGGCCUCCAGGGCCAGACGGCAGGCCCGGUCUACCAGGCUUUCCUGGCCCAAGGGGACCAAAAGGUGUCAUUGGACUGACUGGAUUACAAGGACCAAAAGGACAACAGGGUGAAAAGGGAGAACCCGGAUUUAUCAUAUCUGCAGAUGGAUCUCUAAGAGAACUAACAGGAAGACAAGGGCAGAAGGGUGAACGUGGGCCAAUGGGGCCACCAGGGCUUAUGGGACCAGUAGGACCUUCUGGACCUAAGGGAGAACUUGGUAUUCCUGGACGACCUGGCCGCCCAGGAUUGAAUGGACUGAAAGGUGUAAAAGGUGAACGGGGUGUAACAUUAUAUGGUCCUCCUGGCUUGCCUGGGCCCCCGGGGCCCCCUGGACCUCCAGGGGCUGUAAUUCACAUCAAAGGAACAGUUUUCCCAAUUUCUCCCAGACCCCACUGCAAAAUGCCAGUUGGCACUGCUCAUCCUGGAAACCAAGAAGCUAACAUUUAUGGUAUGAAAGGCGAACCAGGCUCCUGGGAACUGCAUGGCCCACCAGGCUUAAAAGGUGAAAAAGGAGAGAGAGGCUCACCUGGACUACCAGGUCCUCCUCUGCCUUCAGCAUAUUUCAGCCACUUUGUUAACAGCAUGAAGGGUGAGAAAGGAGACAAUGGCGAAACUGGCUUCAAAGGGGAAAAAGGAGAACCAAGUGGAGGGUUCUUUAUGCCAGGGCCUCCUGGACCCCCUGGACUCCCUGGAAGACCAGGACUAGUUGGGCCAAAGGGGGAUUCAAUUGUUGGGCCAAGAGGCCCCCCUGGGUUACCUGGCCUACCUGGAUCUCCAGGGUAUGGAAUAGUUGGACCUCCCGGCCCACCAGGCCCUCCUGGACCCCCAGGACCUCCAGCGAUAUAUGGCUCAGCAGCUGCAGUUCCAGGGCCACCAGGUCCUCCCGGGGAGCCAGGAUUACCAGGAACUAGGAACCUGGUUACAACAUUCAGAAAUAUUGAUGGAAUGUUGCAAAAGGUUCACUUAGUGGCAGAAGGUACAUUAAUCUACCUGAGUGAAAGUAGCGAGGUGUUUAUCCGUGUUCGAGGAGGAUGGAGAAGAUUGCAGCUUGGGGAAUUAAUUCCCAUCCCAGCUGAUAGCCCUCCACCUCCAGCAAUUUCAGGCUAUGGAUUUCAGUCUCUUCCAGCACUAAGACCAGUUUCAACUAUUAAUCAUGGAAAACCAACACUGCAUUUGGUGGCUUUGAACUUGCCACUUUCUGGUGCCAUGCGAGCUGAUUAUCAAUGCUUUCAACAAGCCCGAGCGGCUGGUUUAAUGUCAACAUACAGAGCUUUCCUAUCAUCCCAUUUGCAAGAUCUGUCUACAGUUGUGAGAAAAUCAGACAGAUACAACCUACCAAUAGUUAACCUUAAGGGAGAAAUACUCUUCAACAACUGGGAGUCUGUGUUUACUGGCAGCGGGGGACAGUUCAACAUCCAGAGUCCAAUAUACUCCUUUGAUGGGAGAAAUGUCAUGACAGAUCCAUCUUGGCCACAUAAAAUCAUAUGGCAUGGUUCAACUGCAAAUGGGAUCCGGCUAGUUAGCAACUACUGUGAAGCUUGGCGGACAGCUGACAUGGCAGUUAUGGGACAAGCAUCACCACUGACAACUGGGAAACUUCUGGAUCAAAAGCCUUACAGCUGCAGCAAUAAGUUUAUUGUUCUGUGUAUUGAAAACAGUUUUGUAUCUGGUAUCCGAAGAAAAUAAUUAAUCUGUUGCACAUAGAAAACAUUUGAAUUUUAUUUCAUAAAACCUUGACACUGAAAUUUAAUUUUUAAUGGUGUAAAUAUUCUAUUUUUUUAUUGCACAUUUACAAAUAAAACCAAAGAAAGCAUACCUCAAGACAGAAUACUCCAGCAGGGUGGAAUUCAGGCCUGGUUUAGAGGGCUGGCAGAUGGCCUUUGGUACCACUUAAACCCCACAUAGGGGCUGCAUGGAGAGUCAGCAGGCUGAGCAACCAUGCAGAAGUGCCUGUUAAUCCCUGGUGUGCUGUGGAUCUGGUCUCCAUGUUGGCUGGGGAUGAAGAUCACUUUGGGGACGGGCCACGUGUGAUCUGAGAGCAAGACCAAGGGAAGGACCACAAAUCCAUGUUUGUUCAGAUCUACUGGCUCUGGUACCGCAAUCAACCAACCCAGCCCAUAGCAGCCCUCCACCCUGGCGGUAGAUUGUAGGGGAUGAGUUUCAUCUCCCCUUUCCACCUGAAUACUCAGAUAUGGGUUAUUUUUAAAAAAUGACACCCUAAAGCUAGGGUCCCUAAAUUCUAUAGUGCUGGGAGUUUUGAAGGAGCUUGCUGCCCCAUUUCAGUGGAGGCUGGCUAUGAACCUGACAGCCUGACUUCAGGCUCCCAUUCUUUAAAAUUUGGCAUCGGGCUUUGUGGGAGGACUGAAUUUCACGAUCCAUACUUUGGUGCUACUAUUGUCAGGAAACCCCUAGCAAUGUUAACAGAAAACAUCUUGAUAGUACUAAUUGGUUUUACUGUCACAGCUGAGCACAGUAAAUGCAGGCACAAGAACCAUCUGAACUUUAUUCAUUCCACUGCAUCGUAGAGGAAGCUUUUUCUUAGUGUAACAGACACUGCUGAGAGACAGACACCUGUCAUGUUUUCUUUAAAAUAGGUUUUAGGCAAUGUUAUCCCAUUAAGUUAUAUAUAAAGUGACUGCCUUGGUCUCCUCCCCCCCCCGGUGAGACUGUCACUUUUUCACUGCUAUUAUUCUUGUUAAUAUGAACUAAUCCGUACUUAUAGAAAUGAUCAGUAAGUAUUAAUGUCUCACACAAACAGUAUUACCAUAACAUUUCUAUGUCUUAUCUGUAUUUUCCUACAGUAUAUUUUAACUUAAGGUAUUUACUUAUUGCCAUAAUCUAACAGACUAUAACUAUAAAAGAUGAACUUCCACAUUAUCAUUUUGUAAGUAUAAGCUAGAGACUAGAUUGGAAAUGACUAUUCUUUUAGAUUUUGUGACUCAUUUGCCAUCAAAUCAGUAAUUUAAUACUCCAAUAGCUACUUACAUUCAAGUGAAGAUUUCUAUCCAUAUGGCUUUUAUUAUUAUAAAUGCAUUGGUUUUUAUAUGAUGUAAAAAUAUGAAAUCCAGUUUUAUUUUUCCAUUUUAAGUAAUACAAAAGCAUCUUUCCUGGGU